AUGGUGGUGCAGAUAUUGGUGUCUUACGGUGAAACUGAGCCUAUAGGUCCUCGGGUUCACCACGCCCGCACGCUGACUACUCGGCCACCCCAACAACCACUCGGCCACCCCAACAACCACUCGGCCACCCCAACAACCACUCGGCCACCCCAACAACCACUCGGCCACCCCAACAACCACUCGGCCACCCCAACAACCACUCGGCCACCCCAACAACCACUCGGCCACCCCAACAACCACUCAGCCACCCCAACAACCACUCGGCCACCCCAACAACCUCUCAGCCACCCCAACAACCACUCGGCCACCCCAACAACCUCUCAGCCACCCCAACAACCACUCGGCCACCCCAACAACCACUCGGCCACCCCAACAACCUCUCAGCCACCCCAACAACCACUCGGCCACCCCAACAACCUCUCAGCCACCCCAACAACCUCUCAGCCACCCCAACAACCACUCGCCCACCCCAACAACCACUCGGCCACCCCAACAACCACUCGGCCACCCCAACAACCUCUCAGCCACCCCAACAACCUCUCAGCCACCCCAACAACCUCUCAGCCACCCCAACAACCUCUCAGCCACCCCAACAACCUCUCAGCCACCCCAACAACCACUCGGCCACCCCAACAACCACUCGCCCACCCCAACAACCACUCGCCCACCCCAACAACCACUCGCCCACCCCAACAACCACUCGGCCACCCCAACAACCACUCGGCCACCCCAACAACCACUCGGCCACCCCAACAACCACUCGCCCACCCCAACAACCACUCGGCCACCCCAACAACCACUCGGCCACCCCAACAACCUCUCAGCCACCCCAACAACCUCUCAGCCAAUUCUAACAACCACUGGCCACCCCUAACAACCACUCGGCCACCCCAACAACCACUCGGCCACCCCAACAACCACUCGCCCACCCCAACAACCACUCGGCCACCCCAACAACCACUCGGCCACCCCAACAACCACUCGACCACCCCAACAACCACUCGACCACCCCAACAACCACUCGACCACCCCAACAACCACUCGGCCACCCCAACAACCACUCGGCCACCCCAACAACCACUCGACCACCCCAACAACCACUCGGCCACCGCCUUCCCCAACAACAUCGCCGUCUGGUGCGCCAUUAAGGAGUGA